CCGGGGCGGUGAAGGGCGGAGGCGCAGCGGUCGAGCGUGCUGAUGUAACGGGGGCAGCAGGGACAGUCACGCCGCGGAGGACAGGAAGUUUUCCACCGAGGGGAGGCUGUCGGUCGGUCGGUCGGUCGGUCGGUCGUUGUUAAACGAGUCCCACACACGCCGCUUUGUUUGUCAGUAUGACAGGUUUGUGAAGCGAGGACAUUGAUGGCUACCAUGAGCAGCUCCAGAGGGAUGCCCAGUUCCUGUGCUCAGAUCAGCGGAUGGACACUGAACUCGUCGACAGACUUGUACUGCAGCUGAACAGGAUCCACCCCCAGAUACUCACUGACAAGGAAGCCCACAGGUUCAGGAACCUGAGCAAACCCACCACGGUGCGGUUGGCUGAGCUGCUGAGCCACCUGCACGGGAUGGGGGAGGAGGCGUGUCAUGAAUUCUACAGAGGGCUGCACAUCCAUGCUGAGGACGUCUACUCCAGCCUGCCAACCAGAGUCACACAAAGAGAGAUGACAGAACCAAAAUUGACAGACAAUGUGGGAGUCCACCCAGAGCGAUUUGUACUUAAUGACAGAGGACCAAUGUUCUUCCUGAGCUGUUUCAGUUUUGUAGUUGCCAUUGCAAUGCUCUACUAUUACGGAGACGGUGAGACACUGAGAUGUACUCGUCCGUUUCUUCACUGCUCUGCAGCAAGACUGAGUAGAGGCGCUAAAGAUGCUUUAAUAACCUACACUGAGGUUGGAAAGUAGUAAAAAUGAAUGAGGCUGUUAAGGUGCUCUGAAUGCUUAAGAACUGGCUCUGUGAUAAGAACAAACCUUGAAAUUCAACACAUUGCUGUGCCAAACUCAUAUAAUACAGUUGCUAUGUUUUUUUUAAUGAAAUUGAACAUAUUUAAAAACUAAUUUAAGGUAACAAAUACUAACUGACAUGUUUUUUAAUCAAUGAGAAGCUGAAAUUGACAUGACUCAUUUUGUCACUAAAAAAGCGUAAUGUUCUGCCAUAGCACUUGUAAAUAUGAGUCUUGUCUGGAUGUACUGUGCAUACAGAGCUAAUAAUUCCAGUCACAUUUCUGCUAAAGUGAAGCAUAAUAUUAACUGACUCAGGCCGAUUAAACCUCUGCUGUCAAUUAUGUGACGUCACCAAAGUUUACAUACCAAUAAGAACAAUAAAGGGUAACACUGUCCUGUCUGAACAGGUAGAAAAAAAACAACAGCAGGAUGAGGGAGAUGUCAAUCAAGUGCAGUUUGUGCACACCCGCACUAUUCUGAGAAGAGGUCUGAUUAGGCAUGUUGGUGUGCAGGGGCUUUAUCAAAGAAACUUGAAUUCAAUAGUACUGUGUAUAUAAAAAAAAACAUAUAUAUACUCCACUACAGUUUCAAAAACGCACAACAGAUCCUCUCACCAGCUCACCCACUUUCAGUGCCUUCUAAUACUGUGACAAAGACAAUAACAUUCAGCUUUUGCUCAAAUAAAGCGCAAAACAUUUUUGACAUCA